AUAAUGGCACCCUCUACAAGAAAAUGCGAGUUAGUCAUUGUUUUACUAGGUAUUCUUAUUGCCGGAGCUCUGCCAAGCUAUAUCGUAGCUCAAAAUUGUGGGUGUGCCGCAAACGAAUGCUGCAGCCGGUGGGGUUUCUGUGGCACCGGCAAUGAAUAUUGCGGCACUGGGUGUCAAGAGGGUCCAUGUUUUGCACCAACUCCUACCAAUGAUGUCUCAGUGCCUGAUAUUGUGACCCCAGAAUUUUUUGGUGGGAUCCUUGAUCAAGCUAAUUCAAGCUGUGUUGGGAAGAGCUUCUAUUCACGAGAUGUAUUUCUUGAGGCUCUCAGUUCAUAUUCUCGAUUUGGUAGGAUUGGUUCAGUUGAUGAUUCCAGGCGGGAGAUCGCAGCUUUCUUUGCCCAUGUCACUCAUGAGACUGGACAUUUUUGUUCCAUAGAAGAGAUCAAUGGACCAUCAAGGGACUACUGUGAUGAGGACAACACACAAUAUCCAUGCAAUCCUGAUAAAGGUUACUAUGGCCGAGGACCAAUCCAGCUCUCAUGGAAUUAUAAUUAUGGACCAGCCGGAGAAAGCAUCGGUUUUGAUGGAUUAAACUCACCUGAGGUCGUGGCCAAUGACCCUUUAAUUUCAUUCAAGACAGCUUUGUGGUAUUGGAUGAAUUUUGUCCAACCUGUAAUCAGCCAAGGGUUCGGGGAAACUAUUAGAGCCAUUAAUGGUGCUCUUGAAUGCGACGGAGGAAAUUCUGCUACUGUUCAAGCUCGGGUUAGGUAUUAUACUGAUUAUUGUAAUCAACUGGGAGUGGCGCCUGGAGAUAACCUAACCUGUUAAGAGAGAGUUUCACCAUCGAAAUUUUCUUUUCCAUUUUGGUUGUCUUUUUAAAAUAUAAAAAUAAAAAUAAUAAUUUAUCUCGCUG